ACAUUUACAAAAUCAGUGGAAUAAAAGAAUAAAUUCUUUCAUAUCUGGAUCUGGAAUACUAGAAUUUCUUAAAAAGUUAGAUAUUAAUUGUCCUUUGUCCUAUGCAUUUCAUUUGAGUGGCAUUCAUCGUCUAUCGUCUACACAUCCACAUUUAAUGAACAAUUUUUGUUUUCUUUGAGAAAGGUUUUAGAUUUCUACUUCUCCAUCUUCAUACAGAUCUCUCCUAUACAUCCCUAUCAAUUUGAAAUUUUGUUUAUGUUGUCAGUUGUGUGGAAUUUUGCCUCGUUUAUCGUACUUAUUCGAAGAAGAUAAUGUCCAAGACAGCACUGGUACUAGUUGCCCCAGGAUCAGAAGAAAUUGAAUUUGUAGUUGCUGCUGACGUGUUGGUCAGAGGAGGGAUUCAAGUUACUACUGCUGGGGUUCCUGACGAUUCUCUUUUGAAAUGUAGUAGAGGUGUCCAUAUAAAACCUGAUAUUGGAGUAUGUGAGGCUAAAUCAAAAGGAAUUUUCGAUAUUAUAAUUCUUCCUGGUGGUUUGGGAGGUUCAAAUGCUAUGGGAGAAUCUAAAGAUGUUGGUGAACUACUCAAAGAACAAGAAUGUAGUGGAAGAUGGAUAGCUGCCAUCUGUGCUGCACCAGUAGCUCUUGCUAGUCAUGGCAUCGGCAUUGGUAAAAAUGUCACUUGUUAUCCUACAAUGUGGAGUAAAAUGCAAGAGAAGGGAAAGUAUAACUACUUGAAAGAUGACAAAGUUGUUGUAGAUGGUAAUAUAAUAACAAGCCAAGGACCAGCAACAUCCUUUGAAUUUGCUCUUACGAUUGUUGAAAAAUUGGUUGGGAAGGAAAAAGCAGCUGAAGUCGCUAAGGGUUUACUUUUGACUUGUUGAUUAAUUAAAAAAAAUAAAAAUGUUAGAAUAUGUUUGUAAUAUAGUUGAUUUUGUUGAAC